CAGAAAGCUUUUAUUUUGUCACACUUCCGGGUUGGAUUCAGCUCUUCCUCGUCUCACGUUUCUCUGUGUGUGUGAGAGUGUGUGUGUGUGUGGAUCAUGGGUCGACUGGACGGAAAAGUGAUCGUGUUGUCUGCGGCUGCGCAGGGAAUCGGUCGAGCUGCUGCUCUGGCUUUUGCUAAAGAAGGAGCUCUGGUCAUUGCUACAGACAUCAAUGAAGAGAAACUGAAAGAACUGGAUGGAACUCCAGGAAUCAAGACAAAGAAACUGGAUGUGAGUAAAAAGGAUGAAGUUGAAGCUCUGGCUGCGGAGCUGGAGAGAGUCGACGUGCUGUGUAAUAUAGCGGGUUUUGUUCAUCAUGGUACGAUCCUGGACUGCAGUGAGUCGGACUGGGACUUCACCAUGAACCUGAACGUACGCAGCAUGUACCUGAUGAUCAGAUCUUUCCUGCCCAAGAUGUUGGCUCACAGAUCAGGGAACAUCAUUAACAUGGCGUCUGUGGCGUCCAGCAUCAAAGGUGUAGUGAACAGGUGUGUGUACAGCACGUCUAAAGCUGCAGUGAUCGGACUCACCAAAUCUGUAGCUGCGGAUUUUCUUGAGCAGGGGAUUCGCUGUAACUGCAUCUGCCCAGGAACUGUAGACACUCCGUCACUCAGAGAGCGAAUCCAGGCCAGACCGGAUCCCGAGCAGGCGUUUAAGGACUUCAUGGCGAGGCAGAGGAUCGGCAGGAUGUGCACUGCAGAGGAAGUGGCACAUCUGUGUGUGUAUCUCGCCUCCGAUGAGUCGGGCUACGUGACCGGAGCUGAACACGUCAUCGAUGGAGGAUGGAGUCUGUGAGGACGGAGUGUGUGAGGAUGGUGUGUGUGAGGACGGAGUGUGUGAGGACGGAGUGUGUGAGGACGGAGUGUGUGAGGACGGAGUGUGUGAGGACGGAGUGUGUGAGGACGGAGUGUGUGAGG